AUGGGCCCGGACCCGUAUUCAGAAGAUGGGGAGCCACUUCUCGGUCGGAGAUCCGAGUGUCAGCCAACCCGUCCCGUCCGCUCCGGGACCAGGCGAUGCACUAAACACGGGCCGAUCUUAUCAGAUGUGAAUCAUAACAUGAGCCCACAAAAAGGUGCUGACAGGCUUACUGCCGGACGGCCGGUUAACACCGCCUGGUUGUGUCUUGCCCAGAUGGCGCGGCCAAAGGCCCAUCGGUCUAGCUCCUUGGAGUGUAAAUGCCCCUUGUUCGUUCACUUAUCUGAGUCAAGGCACUCACUCACAAAUCCUUUCACAAAAGAAGCAAGCGUUUUGUCCCAAAAUAACAAAAGCCAGCUACCUACCAAAGAGGCUUAUAAAUGCUUCACAUGGACGCAUGGCGCCCUGUCAGCUCGAUAUGCAGCUGACCCGUGCUCCCGCGCCCGAAACCUGGGGAUGGGUGUCGGCACCGGAAGGUCCGCGGAUGCGGGCAAGUGGGGACGGCGGCCGGCGGCCAUUCAGGGCGAAUCCUUCAGCAGCAGGGCCCUGGGCCAGCCGGUGGCACGGCGUCGUAAUUCCCGAUCUAUGUCCCGAGCAUUCCGGCCGGCACCAGCGCGAGCCAGGGUCUCUCGGCCGGAAGCGGCUGCACCACGAAGCAAAACAAGGCGCGCUCCGUCCUGCGAGUGCCUGUUACAGCCGAACAAUUGUAUUCGAGCUUCAGGUGAUGUUUCAAGUAUGUAG